AUGUUGGAGAUCUUCAUGAAGUUCCUCAUAGACUUUCAGGUCCUGUUGGCCCUGCUGGUCUUCCUGGGACGCCUGGAAAGACUUAUUUCUCAGAUAUCCAAUGAGACAUCAGGGUCCACAUACUGUCCCAGGGGAGAAAAGGGAGAGGAAGGAGAGAAGGGAGAUCAGGGAAAGCCUGGACGCGCACCUGUGGCUAGUCUUCCUGGCCCACCUGGCCCUCCAGGGCCCCCAGGAGAACCAGGUGCCCAGGGUCUUCUAGGUAAGGGUCCCCCAGGUCCUGAAGGUCCUCAAGGAGAACCAGGUGUACCAGGUGUUGGUGUGCCCGGCCCCCGAGGAGAUAAGGGAGAGCCAGGUAGCUUCGUGCCCAACUCAGGAACCUUCUUCGCUGGGCCACCAGGACCUGCUGGCCCAACUGGCCUUCCGGGAUCACCAGGUCCCCAGGGUUACCAAGGUGACCCAGGUCAGCCCGGUUUACCAGGAGUUCCCGGAGAUCCCGGUGUCGGUUUCCCUGGACCCCAGGGACAACCUGGGGGUCCAGGACCAGAAGGGGACAGUGGACUUCCAGGUCCCCAAGGUCCAGAGGGCCCCGAGGGGCAACCGGGUCCAAAAGGUACACCCUUACACCCCUUUAAAGAUGCAGUCUGGGAUCUUAAGCACUUAUACAGUCGUAACAUAUCAUACGAAUCACAAAAAUAAUUCAACUGGAACCUGUUUUGGCUCGGGAGCACUAUUUUCAAAUCUAUUGACUAAAAUUAUACAAAAGCUUUGGAGCAUCACUUCAACAAUGUUUAUCACUCAAUGUGGAUCCUUUGUAUAAGUUAAGCCAACUUACAG